AUGUACAGCAAGUUAUAUUACAUAGACAACCUGGUUAACCACAGGGUUUGCAUAGUAGAAAUCCUGAAAUUGGAGAACUUCGACUUUUCAGCCGAGUCCUCUUAUCUUAGCAUUAGGAGAACAGUUGGAGUAAAGGAGAAGAAGAAAAAGAGGGCUGCAACCAAAGAUAUAGCUAGAAUUUCUUUAGAAGAUCUUGCCAAGUACUUUGAUCUUCCAAUUGUUGAAGCUUCAAAAAAUUUAAAAGUUGGAAUCACGGUACUCAAAAGGAAGUGCAGAGAAUUUGGCAUUCCUCGUUGGCCACAUAGGAAGAUCAAAUCCCUCGAUGGCCUCAUCCGUGAUCUCCAGGAAGAGGUAGAACGACAACAGGAGGACGAUGAGGCUGCAGCCAUGGUUGUUGCAAAGAGGCAAAGGAUGAUAGAAAGUGAAAAGAAAAGCAUAGAGAAGGAACCCUUUAUGGAGAUACAAAGGGAGACGAAGAAAUUCAGGCAAGAUAUUUUCAAGAGAAGGCACAGAGUUAGAGCUCUGGAGAACGAGUAUCGGGCAUUGACCUUAUUCUAG